UGAAGAGAGUUGAAUGAUUGAACUUUCUUGUUUAGUUUCUGCAGCGCUGAGGUCCCCCCCCGCCCCCAGUCCAGUCUAGCACCAGAUCGGUGCAGGGGGGCUUAUCCGGGCGUCCCUUGCUCUCUGCGGCACCCCUUCCUCUCCUCAGCACCCACCCACCGCACAGCGAUGGUGCUAAAGGAUCCCGCCGGGUCUCUGACCCUUUUCCUUUGGAUUACGGCUUCCUGGGGCUGCCUGGCUGCAGCUGCCGGGGUUGCUGCUGCUCGCAAGCAGGACGAGUCUUUCUCCACUGUCAGUGUCUACAGAGCCAGAUGCACCUCCAGGUGCCUGAGCCUGCAGAUCACUCGCAUAUCUGCCUUCUUCAAGCAUUUCCAGAACAAUGGUUCCCUUGUUUGGUGCCAGAAUCACAAACAGUGUUCAAAGCAUCCAAUUCAGCCUGAAAUGAUGUCAGUGAUUUGCCCUGCCCACAGUACUGUCAUUCUUAUGUGCCUGGAGCCCUGCAAAGAAUCUUGGGACUUGAAGAAAAACCAUUGCCAAAGUUUCUGUGAGCCUCUUUUCCCCAAGAAGAACUAUGAAUGCCUAACUAGCUGUGAAUUCCUCAAAUACAUCCUGUCAGUGAAGCAAGGAGACUGCCCAGCACCUGAGAAGGCCAGCGGUUUUGCGGCUGCCUGUGUUGAAAGCUGUGAGGCUGACAGUGAAUGUUCUGGGGUGAAGAAGUGCUGCUCCAAUGGAUGUGGACAUACAUGUCAAGUACCAAAAAAUCUGUACAAAGGUGUUCCAUUGAAACCCAGGAAAGAAUUAAAAUUCACAGAACUUCAGUCUGGACAACUGGAGGUUAAGUGGUCUUCAAAAUUCAAUAUUUCAAUUGAGCCUGUGAUCUAUGUGGUGCAGAGGAGAUGGAAUUAUGGAAUCCAUCCCAGUGAGGAUGAUGCCACCAGCUGGCAAAUGGUGGCACAGACUACAGAGGAAAGAGUACAACUGUCUGACAUAAGACCCAGCAGGUGGUACCAGUUCCGAGUGGCUGCCGUGAAUGUGCAUGGGACAAGAGGCUUCACAGCACCCAGUAAGCACUUCCGCUCCUCUAAAGACCCAUCUGCUCCACCAGCCCCAGCUAAUCUCAGAAUUGCCAACUCCACUACAAAUAGUGAUGGAAGUGUAACUGUGAGGAUUGUUUGGGAUCUCCCGGAAGAACCUGAUAUCCCAGUGCAUCACUACAAAGUCUUCUGGAGCUGGACAGUCAGCAGCAAGUCUGUCAUCCCAGCUAAGAAGAAAAGAAGAAAGACUACUGAUGGGUCCCAAAAUUAUGUGGUCCUGGAGGGACUGCAACCCAACAGCAACUACAUGGUGGAACUGCAGGCAGUAACAUACUGGGGACAAGUACGACUAAAAAGCGCCAAGGUGUCUCUCUAUUUCAGCUCAACUCAAACAACUAUUAAUAAAGAACAGACCUCUCCAAUUGGGAAAACCCGGAAAGGACUAGCUGAUCCUCUUCCACCCUUUCAAAGAAGAAGACCGGCUCGUCGUCUUGAAAUUGGAGCUCCUUUCUAUCAAGACAAUCACCUUCAGAUCAAAGUCUACUGGAAGAAGACAGAAGACACUAGUAUGAGUCGAUAUCACGUCCAGUGGUUCCCAGAAUCCUGUGUGCACAAUGAAACUAAAGGGCCUGAAAAAGCAACUGGCCUGACCUAUGAAAACUACAUAAUUCUUCAGGACCUGUCAUUUUCAUGUAAAUAUAAAGUGACCAUUCAGCCAGCAAGAUCUAAAGGUCGUUUGAAGGCUGAAAGUAUUUUCUUUACCACCCCACCUUGCUCUGCUCUUAAAGGAAAAAACCACAAGCACAUUAGUUGUCCUGCUGAAGGAGCAUCAGUUCUCCCUAAAGUGCUGGCCAAACCCGAGAAUCUAUCUGCCUCUUUCAUUGUUCAGGAAGUAAAUAUUACUGGUCACUUUUCAUGGAAGAUAUUAAAGGCAAAUCUUCAUCAGCCCAUGACAGGGUUUCAAGUCACCUGGGCAGAGGUUACUACAGAGAGCAGACAAAACAGCUUACCCAACAGCAUCAUUUCCCAAUCACAGAUACUGCCAGCAGAUCAUUAUGUGCUGACUGUCCCCAACCUGAGGCCAUCAACGCUUUACCGAUUAGAAGUGCAAGUGCUGACAACAGGCGGGGAGGGGCCAGCUACAAUAAAAUCUUUCCGAACACCUGAUCUGCUGCCAUCUUCAUCCCACAGGCCUCAUCUGAAACAGCACCAUCCACAUCACUACAAGCCACCCCCAGAAAAAUACUAGACUGCUUCACAUAAUUAAACAAAUCACUGAGAGAAAAACUGAGCUCUCACAAGAAGACCAGAAAAAUUCACAUCUGUAGGAACAAUAAAUCGUUUUUUUCCAGUGGAAGUUAUCAUCCUGUAUGAUUUGUAACUACUUCUACAUAGUUUAAGCAUGAAGAAUAGUAUUUGUACCAAUGCCAGGAUGAAAUGUACAGCAACUAUCCUGACAGUACCACCCCUAUUCUGCUAAGUGAAGAUUGCAUCCAAUUCAACACAUCUGAGAAAAAUCAAAUGUAUGUUUGUUGUAAUAACAUUUUAUUUCCUAGGUUUAAAGUAGAUUGAAAGGGUGCAGUGAAUAGCAGAGGGUUUUGUUUUGCUAAUCUUUAUAACAAUAUCUGAGACAUUGUUCUUUUAUAUAUACAUAGCUUUGAAAGCCAGAGGCCAGAUCUUCAGCUGGGGUAAAUUAGCAUCUGUCACUUGAACUCAGUGGAGCUGAGCCAAUUUAUGACAGCUAAACCUAUACAGUAAAUGCAGUUUGCCAUUAAAGGAGAUCUCCAUUUACCUAAAAUAAGUGCACAACCAAAUAAGUAGCAAUAAUAGAUGCACACAGUUCAGUCUGCAAUGGAAACUACUAUUAACUUAGCAACAAAAAAAGUAGAUCAUACUAGCUGAUGUAUUUCUUUAGUAAUAUAUCUAUAUUUUGUGUGGAAAUGGUACCAUGAAGUUCUCUUCUUAACAAAAUGUGUUAACAAGGGAGAUUUUCAAAGGCACAAAUGGCAGUUGGUGCCUGACUUCCAUUGAUGUUCUGCAGUAGCUGGACACAUGCCUUUGAAAAUCUCCCCCAUUUUUAUUUUUAAUAUUUUGAAGGGAACCCUGUAUUUUCCCUGUUAGAGAACUAAAUAGUGAAUGUUCACAUUUUAGACAUGAACAUUUCAAGGCACAUGUUAUGUUACUUUGGGGUUUCUUUGGCUUUUUGAUGUGCAUAUCUAUUUUCCCCGAGGAUCUUUUGAACAGCAGAAUGGAUGUGCUGGCUACAUGGUACUCCGCUCAUAGAAUUAAGUGACAAUACAUUGAUGUCUGGAAGUCAUUGGCUUGUAAUUUAUUUGAAUGCAUUUUUCAAAUUCAAGCAUGAAGGUUACCCUGUUUUUUAACCAUAAGGGAAUGCAGAUGACCUUAUUGUGCAAUGUAAACAGAGUAAUUUGCCACACAGAGAGACAGUCUUUAAUAGUAAAGAGAAACUGCUUGGAUUUAUAAUCAGAAUGAUGGGAAAUUUCUCUCUACAAAUAAUCCUGAUGACGCAACCGCUUGUCCAAAAAAUUGCUGUCUGUGCAUUCUCAUGUGUAAAUUCUCUCUCUACACACUGUGGCCAUGCAGAUAAUCCUGAUGACGCAACCUCUUGUCCAAAAAAUUGCUGUCUGUGCAUUCUCAUGUGCAAAUUCUAUUACCCAUCUUUAAAUGAGGAUAAUACAUCUCAAGCUUUCUGUAACUUGAAAUUCACAAAUACCUUCAUGGAAUCCCCCAACUACAAGCACCACAAAAAUGAACCCAAAUCUGACUAAAGAUAAAGUUUCUGUACUUGACUUCUUCCUGAGAUACCCCAAGAAGGGGAAAUACUCUUUGUCACAACAACAAUAAAUAUUCUGAAGAACACCAAAUAAAAAGAUAAACAUAUCUGUGCUUGAAACUGAAAGAGCAUGGUUAUGCUCAGUAUAGCAUAGCACAGAAGAAAUUCAAAUACAGAUCAUCUAUAUAGAAAAGGUUUGACCAGGCUGACGAUACCAAGAGUCAAGAGCCCCAUUGCAAUUUCUGACUAUUUUUUUCCUUCAGUUUUUCCAGCAUUCGAAUAUUUUUUUAAAAAAAAAAAGACAACUCAGAUUACUGCAUUAAUUCUACCAUUCUCUUUCUAUUUUUCCUGGUACCUUUUUGAUUUAUGCACCCAUGGAGCAAAUAACUUCACAAAGCUGUCUUUAGGGUACAAGUCUUGGGCCUUGGAUAGUUACUUUACGAGGUAUUAAGAGCUGUUCAUACUUUGGAACUACAAAAAAACAAACAAACGAAAAAAAGAAACCCACCCCACAUACCACAACUUCUCUUCCCUAUCACAUAAUGUGAGCAAGCUUUGAAGGGAACUGGAACUGACAGUAGACAGAAGGUCAACUAUUUUCACCCAGCUGAAAUCUGACAUGCAUCUAGGUACACAGGUCUUCAGACAUAAAUUACUAAGUCUAUGCAAUUUGAAUAGGACCAAUGCCUGGCACCACUUAUAUAUUUAAAUUACAUAGGACAUAAGUAAGGCUAGGAAAGCGCUAUGGGAGUUAGAUUGUGGCACCUAAUUCCCCUAGGUUUCUCUGAAACAUUCAGCCUAAACUUUUUGGCCAGACUCUCUUCUCAGUAAUGCUGGAAUAAAUCUAGAAUAAAUUGACUGAUGUUAACGAAGUUAUGCUGAAUUCACAUUGAUGCAACUGAGUGCAGAAUUUGUGUCUCUGUCUUUUUUAAGCCAACGUCUAUGACAAACCUUGGAUUCAAGAAGAUAGAAAUUGGCAAAUUAACAGCUCUUGAUUAUUAUAUGAAAGGUCUUGAUUAUUGAGUGGAAUGCCAUAUUUCUCAAAAUGGUUUGAGCUGCUUGCUAGAUUUGUUGUUUUUUCUUAAUUGGAUGUUUCAGGAGGAGACUAAAGUUCAUUCAAAUAUUUAUAAAAUAGUCUGGAGGUUUUUAUAUAUUUAUAUAAAGAUAAAUUAUUUAUUAUAGGAUCAAUCAGCCGAACUCAGGCAAAACUGUCAUUGAAGAACUGCUAUUGAAUUUUGCCUGAGUAAGGCUAGUAGGAUUUGACUCUUUAUAUCUUGGAGAUAAAGGUGAAGGGCAUGGGAGUGGAAUGAACAGAUUAUAGUUUAUAAACAGAUUAAGACUUUAAUCUUGCUCUUUAAUAAUCAGUUCCUCAACUCAACAUUCAGCUAUAGAAAUUUCAUGGGAAUAAAUGAUCCUGAAAUUAUAAGAGUCAACCAAACCAUCAACAAAUGGGACAUUAGAUUAUAUCUUCUUUGUUCUUAAAUAUCAGCCAUUUUCAUAUAAUUAUUUGAAUUUAACAUCAUAUAUUUGAAGACUUUUAUGCCUAGAUCCAGUUGGAGUUAGGCACCUCAGUACCUUGAGGAUGUGGGUCUUAGUGUCUAAUUCAUAAAUCCUCAUUUACUGAAUUGCACAGGGUAUAUUACAGUUCACCUAUUUGACUAGCCUAAAUCAUGCUAACAUUGCAUUCAGCAAUGGAGUUUGAAAUCACUACUUGAGAUUUUUAGUUAAAGAUUUUUUUCUCAGUUUUUCUCAGUUUCUCAGUAAUAAAGGUCAAAUAUGGAUAGUGGGAUAUUUCUAGGUACGCUGCACUUUUACACCCAUAUAUUACUAACUUACUUAGCAUACUAUUCUGAUUGAUUUAUCAGUUAAAUCCUGGAUGACAUAUAUUUUGUUUGCUAAUGGAAAAUUAUAGGAUUAUUCCAUUUUUGCUCUAACAUUUUUUUAUGCAUUUGAAACUAGUUUUUACAUUGAAUACUGUUUAAGAAUGAGAAUUUUUUUUCUUAUGGCAGUUAAUUUUUGAUAGAGCAGAUCAAGAACUAGAAAAUAUUUCUGUCUUAAAACUUAAAAGGAGAAAGGUAGAACCAUACUAAUAGGGUGCCAGGUGGUGUUCACUGGGAAUAUGGCGGAAGGAGACAAGAACUUCUUACAAAUAAAAGGGCUGCAUUGCAAGAUACUAAACACCCUCAACUUUCAUAGCAUUCAUCUGGAGUUGAGGGCACAAUGCAGCAACUCAUGGGUGGCACUAGUACCUUGCAAGAUCACGCACAAAAUCAAAGAAGCAACUGGUCUGGUCUUGCGCCAUUAAUGCAAAUGGAAAUUUUACUAUUGCCUUCAGUGGAAGCAGGAUUGAGGCUGACAUACUCCAUGGGCCUAAUCUGAAUUCCUUUCCUACCCAAGACUCUCACUGAAAUCAAUCAGAGUUCUGGAUAUAGAGGUCCUGCUUCAGGAAAGCAUUGCUAUUCAGGACAGAACUUAAGCACAUGUUUAACUGCAUUGAUGUUAAUAGAACAUAAGCACAUGUUUAAAUUAAACAUGUGCUUAAUUUCUGUCUUGAAUAGGAAUGGAUUUAAGCACUCCCUUAAGUGCUGUCCUAAAUCAGCGCCUUAAAGAACAAAGGAUAAGGUCCAGACUGUUUUAAAUCCCUUUUACAACACUCUUGGAAAAAUUUAUUUUUGCCCUAUGUAUCUGUAAAGGUAGCUGUGAUAGUGACAUAUUUAUUAAUUCCUUUUCUUUCCCUGUAUGCCAAGUAUAUUCUGACAUUUUUAUCAGUACCUGUGAACAUCAAUUAGUAUAAAUACUGUUAUGCAAACUUGUGCAUUGUAACCUGGAAUCUGAUGCUAAUAAGCUGUUGCAUGUAGUUUAAAUAAAUAACUAAAAACUUUAUUUAAAAAUGUAAAUGAAUACCUGCAGAUGUGGAUGGUGGUUAUAUAUGGUUUUGCAUGCCCAAACUCAUUGUUCAGUUAUAGGCAUGAAGUGUAAUGACUGUCUUAGCUCUACUGAAUAUAUUAGUAAGGUACAAUUUACAAAGUAAUUAACAGAGGUCUAUAUGUGAAAUAAUUUUUCCUUUUUACUUAAUGAUAUUGUAAUGCAGAGAUGACAGAACUACUUAUCUGUUGCCCAAAUUGGCUGUAGAAAUUAUGUUCCUAUAACUGUCAUUUAAAGUCAAUAUUUAUUUAUGUAUGUAAUACAGAAAGGUUGAUUUUUGUGUAUGUGUGUGUCUGUCAUGUUAUUUAGAGCAAAAAUGCUUCUUGUAAAAACAUUUUGUAAAAAACAAAUGUAAUUGUAAAUAGAGUAUGAUAUUCUGUUACUCGGUAUUUUCAUGUUUAGAAUUUGUACAUACUGUUUAAGUAAUAAACUAUCCUGCUAUGUGGAAA